GAGCGAGCGAGAGCGUGAACGAGCGCCCGUCGCUCGGCCGUUCAUUCAUUGCAGAGGGACGGCGCGCCAAGCGCACACGCACAACAGCGGCUGAUUGAUUGAUUGAAUCGAGGAGGAAAAGAAAGAAAGAGACAAGACGAGGUUUCCAACCGCUGCUGGGUUUUUUUUUUCCUCCUGCCGCACGCUUCUUCUCUUUUUUUUUUCCUCCGUGGUUUUGGUGGUGGUGGUGGUGGGGGGGGAGAUUUGAUAAAUGCUUCCAAAACAUGCGGCGCUGCUGCUGCUGCACCAGCCCCGCUGAAGAGGCAGAGGAGAGAGCGCAGAUUUAAAAGCCCGGGGACCGGGAAUUAAAGCAAUCAACAACAACAACAAAAAAAAAAACACACAGGCGCAGGGAAGGACCGGGAAAUCGAGGCUGUAGAUUGCAGGGUUUUGGGGGGCUUUUUUUGUUGUUGAGGGGGUGCGCAGCGGAGCCUGAAGAGGGACCCCCUCCCUCCCUCCCUGCCUGCCUGCCUGCCUGCGCUCAUCUCUCCCCGUUUCCUCUCCUUUCUUUCACCUGAUCGCAAAGCGAGAGGCGCCGCCGCCGCGAAGGCACCCUGACCCCCACCAGGCUUGAGGUUGGAUGCUGUGCCCGCCGCCGCCGUCGCCAUGAGCACCAUCUCGCCUACCGACUACGACAACCUGGAGAUUCAGCAGCAGUACAAUGACAUCAACAACCGCUGGGACCUGGCCGCCGAGACCGACUGGGACAACGAGAACAGCUCGGCCCGCCUCUUCGAGCGCUCGCGCAUCAAGGCGCUGGCCGACGAGCGCGAGGCGGUGCAGAAGAAAACCUUCACCAAGUGGGUGAACUCGCACCUGGCCAGAGUGACGUGCCGCAUCGGGGACCUCUACACCGACCUGCGCGAUGGCCGGAUGCUCAUCCGCCUGCUGGAGGUGCUGUCCGGAGAGCAGCUGGUCAGUGCGCCCCAGCCUCCUGCCCUUGCCCCUGCCCCUGCCCUCACUUCCGCCUCUCUCCCCCUCUGUCCCUGUCCUUGA